CUCCAUUUUCCUCUGUCGGGUCAUACACACACACAAGGGAUUAGCACCAUUUUGUUUUGAAUGGGAGGAGAGCAGUAGCUGACCAGCGUAACUCUCUAGAUUUCGCCUGUGUUAUUCUUACAACUUGUAAAAUAACACCAAACGAAAGAACAAUAUUCGUGGCGUUGCUUCUGUUUGCUGGCAGCGCAUUCUUUAGUCGAUGUCGUUCAGGUACCUCGUGAUAAGUGGAUCGCUAACGUUACAUAAACGUUAGCUCAGAUAAACUGACUGGCGAGCACACUCUUUGGCACUUCUGUCUCAAACAGAUCACGUCUCAGCGGUUUCGCCUAGAAAAUUCUUCACAAAUCUCCCAGCAAGAUCGAAGCUAAAAUGAGUGCUCCUUCAUCUCAAAAAGUCGUGCUGAAAAGCACCACCAAGGUGUCCCUGAACGAGCGCUUCACAAACAUGCUGAAGACCAAGCCGCCGAGCGCCGUGAGCAUCCGCGCCAGCCUGCAGCAGCAGCACAUGGCCAGCGCGCGGAACCGACGCCUGGCCCAGCAGAUGGAGAACCGGCCCUCCGUACAGGCCGCCCUCCACCACAAGCAGGUGGGUCGUCUUCAGAGCCUGAAGCAGCGCCUGGGUAAGAGCAACAUCCAGGCGCGUCUGGGCCGGCCGGUGGGGGCCCUGAUGAUGCGUGGGGUCGGCGGGGGUCGAGGCUUCGCCGGGGGCCGAGGUUUCGCCGGGGGUCGAGGCUUCGCCGGGGGUCGAGGCUUCGUCGUAGGCGGGCUGAGAGGAGCGGCGCGCGGAGGAGGACUGAGGGGACGCGGCGGCCGAGGAGUGGGCAUGAGGGGAGCCCUCGUCUUCAGAGGCAUGGGCCAGAUGCGAGGCCGUGGGGGCGCUGGGCGAGCAGGCCUGAGGAGGGGCAUGCGUCAGCGAGGAGGCGGACCUGGCAGAGGGGCCAUGAUGAUUGGCCGAGGAGCAGGAAGAGGAGGGGCUGGAGUCCGAGGCAGAGGACGCGGCGGCAUGCGCGGUCGCGGGGGAUUUGCCGGCCGUGGUGGCCGUGGGCGCGGCCGGGGUCGAGGAGCCGUCGGGGGUGGACGCAGUACCCAGGUGACGCGGGAGCAGCUGGACAACCAGCUGGACGCCUACAUGUCCAAGACCAAAGGGCACCUGGACGCCGAGCUCGACGCGUACAUGGCCCAGGCUGACCCUGACAGCAUGGAGUGACCGUCUCUGCCCCCCCCCCCCCCCUCUCUCCUGGGCAGCGAGGCUCGUCCAUAUCCACAACGGAAGCAAAGCAGCGUAGACCUGCAGAAAACACUUAAAGACUUUUACAUGAAGAUGAUUUUUUAUAUCACACACACACACACACACAUAUGAUAUGAAUAUGAAUAUGAAAAUGAAUAUAUCUCUGAAAGUGUCAUAAGGUCAAACACGCAUACGGACUCACACCACACCCAGGGGACUCGGCCAUGCUGAUAUGUUGAUGCCCAUCUCCCAGGGACUGGUCAGAUCCACGCACUGCACUGCACAGCACAGCACAGCACACUAAUGACAAGAUUCUAAACACAUCGGAUUCCUCUAUAUCCGCAGGCUAGGCUGUUAUACACAAGUGGGAAACAAAUAUACAUUUGUGUGUACACAUUUCUUUUGAAUGUUUUAUCGGACCAUAGGGAGGACUGGAUUGGUUGCUGUGUUUCUGUUUGUUAUAUGACCUGUAUGACCUAUGACCUAUGACCUGUAAUCUUUAACUGUAACUAAGAGGGCAAUGUGCUCCCCUUGUUCUGCUGAUCCACUCAAAGCAGAUUUGUUUUUUUAUUUCUGUUUUUUUUUUUUUUUUUUUAAUAAAGUGUUGAGUAUUUGGUAGGACUCCAGGUGCUUGGCAAUUAGAUGAAAUUGUUAUGCUUCAUUAUAUUAUUAUGAGUCUGCAGAAUGCUGAGAUAUCGAUCAGGGUUUUGCUUUGCUUAAAGUAUGAAAUCGUUUCACUAUCACUAAGCAAUAACAAAACAAUUUAACAGAAGUAAAACAAUCAGUGACCUGCCAUGUGAAGGAUUAUGUGUAUAUUUGUUUUCUCAUAAAUAGCCCAGCAGUACGUCCAGUAGGUUUUUACAAUACAAAUGAUUCGAAGUCAAAUGUUUUAUGUUGGGUACCCAGGUUAGCAGUUUGAUACCUGAAAAUUACAUCUUGCCAGGCUCUCUGUUCCUGUUUACAUGUUUACAUUACGUGACGUGGAGGGUGUCAUUUGUGGUGCCCUGCAAACAAGCACUGAUCAAAUGACGAACAGUUGAACAGUGGUAUUAUUUUAAGAUUUUAUUUUACUUACCAAUGAAGGCUACAACAGUCAUACAAAUAUGUUUGAUGGGAGAUCCACAAAGAUGCUUAUAAAUGCCUACAGAUAAUGACACUGCCAGAACAAGGCCCCUAUUCCUCUGUGUGAAAUACCGGGACACUGAUGGGAAUAUUUGUGUUGUUAAACCUUGUCUUGUUGCUUUCAAAGCUGUCAUUAAAUUUGAAGGAAUUAUUAAA